AUGCAGAAAGGCCCCCGCAGAUCAACCGCCCGGUCGCGUACUCCCAAGGCUUGCGACCGUUGCCGCCGGCAGAAACUCAAGUGCGAUACCAUCCGUCCUUGCGUCUUAUGCACCCGCGCGGGCCACAAAUGUGACACAACUCUGCAGCCCCGGCGUUCUGAGCGUCGACGACCAUCCACCGGCACCCCUUCCGUUGAAUCACCUGACACGCUUGUCUUGCCGGACCGAGUGCCUGAGGCUCCCCAACAAUAUGCCACGGGCACCUCGGCCAUUGCCUUCGCCAGGCAGGUGUAUAAUGAGGAGGAGAUGGGCCGUACCUUGACAGAAGCCUCCGUCCCCGGCGAUAUUGGCAUGGCGGGGACGGAUGAUGACCUUUGGGGUCUGAAAGAAACCAAUCUGCCUCCACAGGAAGUGAUUCUGGCGUUGAUCGACACAUACUUCUAUCGCAUGCAGUGGUUCAUCUUGGUCCUGCAUGAGCCGUCCUUUCGAGAAACGGCCCAGCGGAUUAUUUCUCAACAGCAAUGGAGACGUCGGGAUCUUGGUGCCGUCAUGACUGUUCUUGCGGUCGCUACGAUCAGCCUGCAGGCGGUUCUACCAGACCAGGAGUGGCCCGGACAUAGCCUUCUAUGUGCCCAUUCCAUUGAUGCGAAGGAACUAUUGAAGAAGCUGAUCGCUGAAAUACGCUCCCGUCUCCUCGACCUCCUGGAGGACUGCCGCAUCGAAGGAGUGCAAGUAUGUCUUCUGCUCUCUUGUUAUUACAUGUUUCAUAGCUCCCCAAACCUUGCCUGGACGAUGUUUGGCAUGGCUGCCCGGGCUGGCUACGCCCUCAACCUCCAGUCAAAGAGCCCCUCAUUGCACCCCUCUAUCGCUGAUGAAACCCGAUCCCGUUGUUGGAACCAUAUCAUUGUGUCGGAUACAUUCUGUUCGAUAAUCUAUGGACGCCCCGCCUCUCUGGAGUCUACGAUUGUUCGUCCGCUGCAGCUCGUUGACGACUUGACCAUCGACCCCUGGUUGCUGAACCAGUUUCCCGUCCAUGACGGCAGCGGGCUGACCUCACGAGCUGCCUUUCAUGUCCUGAAAGCAGAAAUAUAUGCAGUCGCUGGAGACAUUCUUCAACGUUUUCGCCGACUCAAUCUGCCAUCCGAAGCAAAGGAACAAGGCCUGGAGGCCAUUGUACAGACCACCCAGGAAUCGGAUGCUCUUCUCAAUAACUGGCGGGCCAGGAUCCCAAGGCUGUACGACUUUGAGUACUGGAAUUUAGAUGGCCGAUGGGACAGGAUGCACGAGCAGCUACAGACGCUUCCCCUUAGCACGAAAGAACAGGUGGAGACAGUUUAUCUCCAGGCUGUGACCCUACAGCUGACGUACGACGGCAUGGUUAUCCAAGCCCAUCGGCCGCUUCUGGAACAAAAGAUGAACAGACUCACCCCGAGGACCGUGAUUGACGCUGUCCAUCGGUCGCUCAGCUUAGCCACGGCGGCAGCUCUCCGUGUGUCUCGGAUCCCGAUCCAUAUCUUCAGGAAUCAUUUUGCUGUAGCAUUUGCAUCGAUGCAGCAAUUCACUGCCGGUGUCAUUCUUUGCAUACCUCCAACCGUUCAACCUCUCACAGCUACCGCUCAUGAGGCAAAAGACGGGGUGGUGAGAAUAAUACGUGCGAGCAGAAGCUUGGUCUGCUAUGAUCGAAUUGCGAGACAGACAGAACAGCUCCUAACAGAGCUCUUGAAAGUGACCAUUCAGCGCGAGUUAACCCAUGCUUUGGCUGAGAACCCAGAGACAAACCCUGAUGCAGCAACCUCCACCCGUCACGGCAGCUCUGUAACCGAGGACUCCAUCACUACCCACGCAGUAAUAACUCCAGCCACAGAUCAAACCUCAGACCCUAUACCAAGGCCUUGGGCAUCGGACCCCCUGGCGGCGGUAAUGGGACCCUAUGACUUUCUCCCGGCGCAGGCAUUCCAGCAACUGGACGAUACCUUUGGGGCAUUUGGCGAAUGUGAGUGUCACUGA